AGCAAAGCCAAGCUGGGUCUCAUGCGCCAUGGAGAGCGAUGAAGAUGAGGAAGCCAAUGGGGCGUGGCCUGCGCCUGUGAAGCCAAAGACCUUGAAUGAAGAUCCUUACAACGUUUUUGCGGAAGAACUUGCAAUGGAAGUGUGUAAGGUGGGCUUCCAGGUAGCCGUGGAACUCAUGGAAACAGAUCUGGUCUUUAGCAGCUGUGGUAGCCUUGUCUCUGGCACACCGGAUGGUGGUUUUCGCGACCAGCAGGGUCUUCUGAGACUUGUGCAGGUGGUGCGAGUCCCAUUGCUGCCUGACAUGGACGAAGAUGAGGUGGCUGAUGUCCUCUACGACACAGUCCUGACCAAGGUGGUGAAGUCUCAGCUCUGGAUGAAGGAAACUGCGACCUUGCCACACGAGUUCAUCAUUUUCUGCUGGCUGCCACCAGUAGGUGCCUAUAAGGCAUGUCUGGAGGAUACCGACGCCUUGCUGUGGACAGACGCCUUGCUGUGGAACCUCCGCGCCGGCGGAUGGCCCUUCAGCCUGGUGGUUCAGGUGCCUGAGGAGCCAGGUAACCUCUUCCCCAAGAACUUUGGUUUUCGUAACCUGAGCAAAGUGAAGAAAGACUAUGCUCGAGAGCUGAGCUAUUUCCUGAAUGCCGCCGACUUUGAGGAGGAUGAUGAAGACGAGCUGCUGUUCGAUUGGGAUCUUUUUGAGGCCGAAGAAAGCAUCGCUGAGGAUUCCGAGGGCUCGACCUGUGAGACAAAGACUUGGGAUGUGGAUCAGCUCCUACAUCGCGUGCUGAUGGCUAUCGAGUUGAUCCAGGCGACUUCGGCUUCGCCAGGGUUUGCUUCGACGGAAGCCGAAGGUGCUCAUGGCAGUCCAGACGAAGUCGGGAGAAGUCACAGUGAUGGUCUCAAGCAACAUCCCGCGAUUGCCGCCGACGAUACAUCAAGGCCCAAAAUUGAUGCAUGGGGAUACCGCUACUUUUGUGGUCCUUCGCUACCGCGGCCAGCCGCACAAGAGCUUUCCUGGCAACCUGAGGUCUCAACGUUGCAGUGUCGCUUCCAAGAGAUUGGACAUGCUAAGAUCGAAGGCAAAAUUUCAGGACUGGAAGUGUUGGAUGGGUGCCCAAGGCAUUUUCACCUCGCUCAUCGAGAAACGGCUUGGAAUGGCAAGUCAUGCUGAUGUGCCGUUGAUCCACUUGAUGCUCGUGGCAAAGUUCAACUUGGACUGCCGCUGAUACUGUGAUUGCAACCAUCUGCAACCUUUACUGAAAAGAUGGGUGCCGUGUACAGAACCAUUCCGAUUGCAGUCGGUAGCUUCACGAGCACCACUGCGGUCUUUAUGUACAGAGGACGCCUUUGAAGGUGGAAAAAUGAGGUC